AAUGUUUUCAGUUUCAUUGUAUUAAAAUCUUCUAAUGUAAAAUCCAUUUUGAAUGCACACCUUAGGAAAAAAGUUAAAUUCAAUUUGCAACAUUUCACACUUUGCUGAUUCAGACUUUGUUUGAUUGAAUUGGUUUGAAUGACAAGCCAUACAUUUGUGUAUCAAUAGACUAUUGUCCCUGCCAAUCCUGCACGGCCUAAGAGGUCCCUAUGAAACCAGUGUGCACAAGCUGCAGCCGGAACCAUUAUCUCAGAGCCGCGCUGAGGUGUAGAGCGGAAGUUGACGGGCGAUAGAACGCAGUAGGACCAGGCGGAAGUGCUGCCCUGCUAGGUACGCAGUGUGUGUUUUGGGAAGCUGUGGCCUGCCGGGCGCUCUUGGUCGGUUAGUGAGCGCGGGAUUCCGAGACGUUGGCCCCGGGGAGCAGGUUAUAGUGCACACAAGCCAUGCACAGGUCCCAUUUCCGCUCCCCUAGCAGCCCGCUCCAUGGUGGUGGAGGGAGCCCCGGCUCCUUUCGCAGUCCGCCACCCUAUGCGGGCAACCCCGGCGCUGGGAUGCUGCCUCCUCCGCUGCCAAACUGGGGCUACGGGAGCCCCCACACCCCGCCCUUCGGGCAGAGGCCGCACAGGCCUUAUGGCAGCGGGGGAGGGGGUCAGUCCCCGCGCUCAGCCUCCGGGGGAGGGCAGAACUACCACGGCGGGAGGUAUGGCGGCCAGUCCCCGGGAGACACCCGAAGGCCAAGCCCUCGGUAUAACUCGUCCCCUUACAAGUCACCAGGAGGAGCAGGAAACAUGAACCACCACCACCACCAGCAGCAGCAGCAUCAUGGCAGAGGCUACUCCUCUCCCAGGCAGCCGAUGGCAAGCUACCAGGUAAUAGGGAGGGAAAACGGUGUCUCUGCGCUCCGCAGCCACACCAUGCAAGGGGGGCACAUCAUAGGAGGGCAAACCAAACACGACAACGGGGAUGAUCAGGGGUAUAUUUUUUGUCAGUUUAGUUUAUUAAACGGGCUCGGGAAUGGAGCAUUAAUUUAGGCUUGUAUUAAAUAACACAUUAUGUGAAAAUUGGUCCUUAAAUUGUUUGUAUAUUAUUUUGUACUAAUGUAAAGUGGUACACCGUUUUGGGGUACUUUGGGCAGUUAUCAUGGAAUCACCAGAUACAUUCAAUUAAUAAUUAUCCACAUUUACAACUUUGUACGCAUUUUUUUUUUUUUUUUAAAUACACAUUUAGACACCCCCUCCUCCACACCUCCUCCCCUCAUGUGGAGAAAAAGUGGUGAAUGUGUAGUAUAGGUUUUGCAGUUGGUCAAUCUAAUCUGUGUGGAGUUUGGUGGGUGGAUGUGGCUACUGCACAAUUUUCAAAAAAGUGUGUGAUAUGGCUUAAAGUGGUUCUGUCACUUUUGGAGUUUCUUGCAUAUUUUGCGGACUCUAUAGUAUAUGGCACUCCUACUCAGUAUGCUGCAUCUGGGGAUGAAACUUAAAGGAAAACUGUACUGCCAGGAAUUUAUUUUUCCUGGCACUAUAGUUCCCCACCAUCCUGUGCAGAAGGGGUGAAAAGCCUGUUCUGUCACCUGAGCCCAGCACCGAUGUCCCUCAGUGCUGGGUCAAGCUAACGACCUGGAAGUCUAAAAGACCGCCACUAGAGGUGGAGCUAACAGUGAAAGGUGAUUAUUGCAGUUUAUAUAAACUCCAGUAAUUACCAUUGCAGGGUUAAGGGACCUGGGACACAGCAUCCAGACCACUUCAUUGAGCUUAAGUGGUCUGGGUGACUAUAGAGUCCCUGAAGUGUUGGCACUGUGCUAUUUUUUUUUUCUUUUUCAGCUCCUAGCGACUCAUAAGCUCACAUUACCCCUUUAGCUUUGUGCAUGCACAUACUAUUUAGAGAUCUAUGGAUAAUUCUCCACAGACCAACACUGUAACUCUGUUAACUUCAACUCAAUCCAUAUCACUGAUAUACUUAUACAGUAACAAGAGAUGACAAAACCGUUUGAAUUAUUCUAGUAAUCUGCAUUUUGUGUUCUUUUCAAUACUCUACACUCGGGGUCAGAUUCACCCUACACUAUAGUAGUUGCAGUGAAUUAGAUUAAGCCACUGUGCAGUAUCUGAAUGACUUCACAAAGUGUGUAUGUGUUGGCAUCUUGGAGGUUUGCGCUGCUUGGGGAAGUGUCCGAGGGACAAUAGAAUAACACCCACCUUUGUAAUGAGAUCGCGGAGGAUCAGGUAAAUGGAAACAGGUAAAAACAACACUGAUAAAGUAGGAGCAGAGAUAGGUACAACCUAUACAGUAAUCAUCCAGUAUUUGUCUAAUCAGUGUUCUAAGAUGUUAGUUUUUUUUUUUUUUUUAACUAGAUGUGUUUUGUAGAAAGGAGUAGUGAAGUAUUUGUCUUAGGAAGUGCUCAUUCAACACAUUGACACCUAUAUCUUAAUUCCUCCUUCCAUUUUGAGUGAUUUAUCAUAUAAUUUUGUUUCGUAUCCUUUUAUAUUUAAAGUGCUAUAUAGUAUUUCUGAGAGAGUUCAUGUAGGGUCUAGUGUUGUAAUUUGCACCUUUUUGUGAUAUGCAGGAAAAGUCUCACACAAAACUUGAAACAGGCUAAAGUCUCAUGAGUUCAGUGUUGGAACAAGUCUAUAUAGAUGUUGUGUUCAUGUUUGAUGCUCAAAACUUAAACAAAUGGGUUUAGGAAGAAUAAUUUAAUAGGGCUCUGCCACUUUCAGUGGUCUAUGGAUGUUUUCACAAAGACCUCCAAAGGUGACAUCCGUUCUACUUCAGGGGUGUCCAAAAGAUAGAUUCCAAGAUGUAGAACUGUAACUCCCUUGAUGCUUUGCAUGCCUUUAGAAUGCAUUUACAUUAACAAAGCAUCAUGGAAGCUGUAGUUUUAAAUUAUCUAUGGAUCUACCUCAUAAGUCCUGUCAUGUUCUUUCUUCAACUCCUGGUGCUUCACAUUCCAGGAACAAAUUUUCUGCUGGAAAAAAACAUUAAUAGGUUUAGGAAAUUUUAAAAAAUGUACUUGUCCAAGAACUGAAGUGGUAAUCCAGUUACAUUUAAGACAAGGUGCUUUGUGUUAUGAUGUAUUUUUAUUUACAGUAUAGUUGCUUUGAUUUUCUUUUUUUUUUUUUUAACUCUGUUAAAGUGGCAGAGUUUUUAGUUUAUUUAGUAAAGAAUGUCCUCCUGGUGACAUCUGCUUGAAUGGUUGUGCCCUAGUGGAAAGGAGGCAAGGACUUAGUGCACUUUCUCCUAACAUGCCAUGUUCUGGUAUUCAGAUUUUUACUGUUGAAAUUGCAUUUAUGUGCGUCAAAAUACAAUACAAGGCUCGAUGGAACAGCCUAAAACAUCCUUUAUUAAUCUAAUACACAUGUAUGCAAUUUAAUGCAGUAGUGACCCAGUAAGCAUUGCAGAAGUAAAUACAUGUUCCCAUCUACUGUAAAGAGUAACAGCUGAUGGCAACAUACAAAAAGCAAAAUUAAUUAAACCUCUACAUUAAAAAAAAAAAAGGUGAACUUAAAAAACUUACAUAGAUUGGGUGGACCAAAGUUCACAGUAUAGUUUGAGUAGUCCAUAACAUUUUUAUUAAUGUCAAUAAGACUACAUCUUUUAGAUGAGCUCCAUUUUGCAAAGUCGGGCUCUUUUGGUUGCAUUGUUCAUAACAUUAGCUGAUGUUUGAGGGUCUAGUGCUCGAUUAUUUUUUUGCGGGGGGGGGGGGAUUUUUUUUUGCUUGAAUAUUCUCCUUAAAGGAUCACUAAAGUGUCAGGAAAAACUGUAACUCCCUUGAUGCUUUGCAUGCCUUUAGAAUGCAUUUACUAAAGUGUCACAUUCAAAGUGUCCAUAGGAAAGCAAUUCUCAAUGCUUUCCUAUGGACGCUCUGUGCGAUGGAGGCAUACUAUGCCUCCAGUGUCGCAGAUGCGCCUCUAGUGGCAAAUGUAAACAUAGCAGCUUCUCUGAAGGGUUAAAACCUGAGGGACCUGGCACCCAGACCACAUCAUUGAGCUGAAGUGGUCUGGGUGACUAUAGUGUCCCUUUAAUAUGCUCAAGUGUAUGCAGUUUGUUCACGAUAGAAGCUAUGCUGAAGAUUGAUAGGAUGAGGGAGGAACUUAAAAGCAUGAUGCAAGCACCAAAGUAUACACUCUGUCCCUUUUUUCUUACAAUGUAAAACGUCGUUUCAGGGAAACAGCAAUUUUUAAAUUUUGGCUAAACCACUCCUCUAAUGACAUUUUCUAUAGGUGAUCCCCCAUGAAGAAUUUUCCAAAACUGAAGGUCUUCAUGAUUCUUACACAGCAUAAUGAUGUCAAACGUUAAUGCUUCUUCUAUGAGAAGCAUCCUCAGAAAGAAGCAUUGGAUUGAGAUCCUGGUUUCCUGGUUAUUCACCAAAGUGAGAAAUGUAUGGCCUCUAGUAGCCAUCUGUGGAGUGGCCAGUGGACGUUUCUCUAGGCUGCAAUGUAAACACUGCAUUUUCUCUGAAAAAGUGUUUACUGCAAAAAGCCUGCAGGGACUGACUAUAAUCACCAGAACAAAUACAAUAAGCUGUACUGGUUACUAUAGUGUCCCUUUAAACCUUUCCUUUUACUUUUUUGAUCCUUCUUCUUCUUUUUUUUUUUUUUUUUUAUGGCACAGUCAAAACACCUGAAGGAAGUAAAGUGCCUCUGUCACCCUCUGCCCUCUAUUCAAUUUCUUCACCCGGCCCCCCUUAGGCCACCGCACAACCAGUGGAACAGUCACUAUCCCCAGAAAGUGAGAGGGACAUUUUACUUGCUGAGGUGCUUUGUGUGUACAAAACCUUUUUUUUUCCCCUAUCUAUUUGUUUCCAUUUUAUAGAAAAUGGUACAUUUUAUAAAUUAACCUUCUUUACACCACCAUGGCUGUAAAUCCGACAAACUCUUAUUUUCUGCUUUGAUUAGCUCAGUGGAGCUAAAUUCAAAAGGCAGCAAUUGACCAGAGCUCCUGCCUUACAAAGAUUUCUCAAUGAGCAUUGGAAAGUCUGUGCUGGAGAGGAAGGGUGGCUUAUAAAUGCUGCAGAGAUCUAAAGCUUUUUCAGGCUGUUCUGUUAUAUUCCCCUAAUGAAAAAUGCAUGUUUAUUUGGGUGUUUAUCUACUAAAUAGUGAUUUUAUUUCUUAUUAUUUGGGCAAUGGAGUGUUUCUUUAACAUGGCUUACUGACCGAUAUAGCGAAACAAUAAUGCUUGACAUGCUUUGUGGCUGCCAUUGUGAUAAAAACAAAAUAGUUAAGGAUCAAUUCUCUUCCCAAAGCAUAUAUGACUUGCAGACCUGCCAAAAUGAAGAAUAAUUUUCUGCUUUAUACAGAGGAACACAAAUAAUUCAUGACAAUUUAUAGAAGGUGUUGUCUUUCUUCUAGGAUGUUUGUAUUUACGCAAAUGUGUGUCAAUCUUAUAAUUUUAAUAUUGUUGAGUUUCAGAUUUAACUUUUCUUUAGGUUGGAAGCAAAGAUGUGGAACUAUCAACAACCUGCAUUUUGACCACUUGAUACAUAAGAUUUGUUGGUUGCAGACAUAAACACUGUUGCUCCAAACGGUUUCCUAUUUAUAAUGAAAUAUGUAGCGUAAAUGUGAAAAUCUGCUUGUCGUGAUGGUGGGGGCUUUUUUUUUAUAAUUUACAUUAAAAAAAAAUUGUUGGCCCUUUUAAUUGUAACUGUUAUAAACAUGUAACAUUAGUUUCAUUAUUAGAAUUAAUUACUGUAGAACACUAUAGGCCGAAUAUUGAACAUAUCUUUACUUUGAUGAUUUUUUUUCAAAGGGUUCACCCAGGACUUCUACACCAUUUGGUACAGCGCAUGGCAGAGGGAAAAGAGUGUCUAAUGAUGUGGAAAACUAUUACAGACCUUCAAUGCUUGAGGACCCAUGGGCUAAUCUAAAGCCAAUAUCCCUUUCAGAUAUAAACCAAACCAACAACACAGAGCAAACAACAUAUACUGGUAAAAAGGGACGGUAUUUUAGUUAACACCCACAAAAAGUAAAAUUUUCCUGGGUAGACCUAAAUCCCACAAAUUGUCAAGGACACAAUUCAAAACCUUUUUUUAUUUGACAGAUUCUGUCUUUUAUCAGAUUUAUUUUUUUAUCACAUCAGAUGUCAGUCUGUAAUGUUUUGGAAGUGUUGAGCUCCACUAUAUUAUAUAAUCAGGAAGAAUACACCAGCAAUCAAGAACAAUUUGUUCUAUGAUCACCAGCGUUUCAUUUGUGACUGUUGUCUUCAGGUCUCAGAUUCCAAGACUCUCUUAAAUCUUCUGUGUUACUUAGGCUUACGAUAAAGUCUAUUUUUUACCGUUUCUUCCAUUAUUAUAUGGGAUUUAUUUUUAAGCAGUUUAGCUGGAUUAUAUACAAUAUAAGUAUGUAAUUCUUUAUGCUACAAGCAUGUCAUUUGUAGAUAAUUUUCAGAGGAAUUAUAAUUUUUGUGUAGGACCAGUAUAUCUGACCUACUCAAAAUGUAAAUAUGUCAAUGUGUCACCCUCAAUAAUAUUCUGUACCUAGGUAUCUUUUUGUGUAAGGUAUUUUUUUUUAGCACAGAUGCUUAUUAAAAAAAUAAAAUAAAAUAAAAAUUGUGUGCAUUUGUGAAUUAAAAUUAUUGUAGAACCCAACAUGACAACCUAUAAAUCAUUUGGAGAUUUAUUCACUAAAUAUGCAAUUGUAGUGAAACUGAGUUGCAUUAUUUGGAGGUGUGAUGGCUUUAUUGGAAAUAUAAGAAAAGAGAGAGAUUGUUCAUUGCUGCUGUCUUUAGUGUAAGGUUUCAAUUUUAUUUUAUUUUUUUAAUUUCAUUUUUUAGUGAAUUAAAUCUUAUAUCUAAAUCUGAUGUCUUUGAAACAGUCUAUAUUUAAUGCUCUUUUUAUCGUUGGUGUUUAAUUUACAUUAUGAUUACGUAUUUUUCCCGCAUGGGUGUUUGUUCCGUUAAUAUUACGAUAACUGCCAUAUAUAUUUAUGUAUGUUGCUGAAAUCCUGCAAACUGUCUUAUGAUGAUCAAAAAUUUGAGACAAUCUGUUGAUUAAACUUUUUAACGUGGCG